CUUUGUUGUUGAAUUGAGAAGUUGAAAAAGUGUUCAUCUUGAUCCGCUCUAUUUCUAUAAUUCCCUGGCCUUUUCUCUAUGCUGCUGUCUCACUUAUCUUCCCCGUGACUCAGUCUAUCUCCACACGGAGAACAAAAUCCCACUCACCGGCGAACUACACCGGCGGUCUUCAUAAAGUAUUGGCGUAUUUCAUUGCUAUAGGUAUUGAUUUGAUGUCGGGGUAGUGAUGAGAAUAGAUGUGGUGAAGUGGUGAAUUGGAUGGAAUAUGGCGGAACAGCCUUCACUUCCCCCGGUCUUGAAAGACAACACGUUGUUGAGAGGGGUUUUCGCAGUGGGCGGAAUCAUGUCUACUCUCGUCGUCUAUGGCUUCUUGCAGGAAAAAAUCAUGAGAGUUCCAUAUGGACCAAACAAAGAAUUUUUUAAGUACUCCUUAUUUCUUGUAUUCUGCAAUCGCAUUACAACAUCAGCUGUCUCUGCGGGUACCUUGCUGGCAAGUAAGAAAGUCUUGGACCCUGUUGCUCCAGUUUACAAGUACUGUGUUGUAUCAAUAUCUAACAUUCUAACCACAACAUGUCAAUAUGAGGCCCUUAAAUAUGUUAGUUUUCCUGUUCAGACCCUGGCGAAGUGUGCCAAAAUGAUACCUGUUAUGCUUUGGGGUACUAUCAUCAUGCAAAAGAAAUACAAGGGAUUUGACUAUUUGUUGGCUUUUCUAGUGACCAUUGGGUGUUCAUUAUUUAUUCUAUAUCCGGCAGCAAGUGACAUUAGCCCAUACAGCAGAGGAAGGGAAAGCACAGUAUGGGGUGUUUCCUUGAUGAUGGGUUAUCUUGGGUAA